AUGGGAAUAGUUUCACGGGCAAAAUCCCAGAAGAAAUUGGCUGGUGAAAUUCCAGCCAACAUAUUGCGAUGCUUGAGUCUUGUAAUGCUUUGUUUGGCUGUGAAUAAUCUUGUGGGAAGGAUUCCAAUGGAGUUCCAAUCUCUAUUGAAGCUGCAGUUUAUUUUUCUGUACUCAAACCAUCUAACAGGAGAGAUACCGUCAUUCCUUGGGAACUUUUCAGCCCUUCAAAAACUCUAUGCUGCUGGAAACUCCUUUCGACGGAACAUUCCUCCAUCUUUAAAUUUCUUGAAAAGUAUUGAAGUUUUGGACUUUUCACGCAACAUCUUGACUGGGAAAAUUCCAGAAUACUUGGAGAGUCUUUUGUUCUUUCAGACUCUAGAUCUAUCUUUUAAUUAUUUUGAGGGUGAGGUACCGCUAGGAGGAGUAUUCCAAAAUGCAAGUGCAGUUUCAGUUGUUGGAAAUAGUAAGCUGUUUGGGGGUGUUGUGCAAUUGCAGCUUCCUAAAUGCGACAUCAAAGCAGCAUUUAAAAAUCAUGGAAUCUCUCAGGUUCUAAAAUUAGCAGCACCGAUUUUUGGUGGAAUGUUGGUGCUAAUUUUGGUGCUGUUUUCUGUUUUUGCUUACAAAGGAAGACAUACAAAUAAGGUGUCUUACUCUUUGCCAACUGAUUUAACAAGGGAUAUAUUCCCCAAAGUGUCUUAUGAAAGCCUAUAUAGAGCUACAGAUGGUUUCUCAUCAGCCAGUUCGAUUGGCUCAGGAAAGUUAGGCUCCGUGUAUACAGGAAUUCUCGAUGAAAUUGAAACUGUUGUUGCAGUGAAGAUACUCGACCUUAAAGUCCGAGGACCUUCCAAGAGCUUCGUGGCAGUGUAA